UUUGCGCAGUAAACCUACCAAAGUGAACGAUAUCGGUCAAUUAUUGUAUUUUUCUAUUACGUAUAUUUAUCAAUAGUUAAUGGUAAUUAGAAGAUUCGAAUCGACUGUGAUCGUGAUACAUAUCAUUGUGUGUUCUGGUCGGGAGUAGGCGGAUCGGACGCUACAGCCGAGGAUGUGUCCCCGACAGGGCGGGCGGUGAAAGUGCGUGUAGUGUGAACGGGUCGAGCUGCAGCUGCGAGGAUGGGCGUGGGCCUGCAGCCGCUCGAGUUCACUGAAUGCCUAGCGGACAGUCCCGCCUUCCGCGAGAACCUACAGCGCCACGAGAAGGAGCUCGAGCGCACCAGCCAGCAGAUAAAGCGGCUCAUCAAGGAGGUCAAGGAUGUGGUGCAGGCCGCCAAACGUCUGGGCGACGCGCAGAAGGCGCUGGCGACGAGCAUGGAGCAGUUCGAAUUCGCGUGCAUCGGUGCGUCGCAGACGGAGGACGAGCGCGUCAUCGGGCGCAGCCUGCACCACUUCGCGCACCUCAUCCGCACCAUCGAGGAGGAGCGCGAGCGCAUGCUGGGGCGCGCUCACGAGCAGAUAAUCCAGCCGCUGGAGAAGUUCCGCAAGGAGCAUAUCGGCGCCGUCAAGGAAGGUAAGAAGAAGUUCGACAAGAAGACGGCCAAGUUCUGUCAGAGCCAGGAGCGCACGCUGUCGCUCUCCGUGCGCAAGCCCGAGACUGUCUUCCAGGAGGCGGACGCGGCGCUGGACAUGGCGGAGCGCGACUUCUGCCAGGCGUCGCUCGAGUACGUGUUCCAGCUGCAGGCCGUGCAGGAGCGCAAGAAGUUCGAGCUGGUGGAGACGCUGCUGGGGUUCGUGUUCGGCUGGUGGACCUUCCACCACACGGCGCACGACGUGCACGCCGACGCCGAGCCGCGCGUGCGCGACCUGCAGCUGCGCAUACAGCGGACGCGCAGCAACUUCGAGGAGACGAGCAAGCAGACGGAGUCGCUCAUGAAGAAGAUGAUGGAGGUGCGCCAGCAGAGCAAGGAGGGGGAGGCGAGCGACGAGGCCGGCGGCCGCAGCGGGUACCUGUUCCUGCAGGAGAAGAAGGCGUUCGGCACGACGUGGAGCAAGCAGUACGCGGUGUACUCGCGCGGCUCGCGGCUGCUGCAGCUGCAGCCGUACUCGCAGCUGUGCGUGAAGGCGGCCGCCGCGCCCGACGCCGUGCCGCUGGCCGGCGCCCGGCCUCCGCCCGAGCCCAUCGAGCGCCGCUUCUGCUGGGAGGCGCUGCCCGCGGACCGCGAGCGGCCGCCGCUGCUGCUGCAGGCGGCGUCGGAGCGCGAGCGCGCGGCGUGGCUGCGCGCCGUGCAGCGCGCCCCCGGCCCCCCCGCGCCCGCCGCCGCCCCCGCCCCCGCCCCCGCCUACCCCGCGCCGCCCGCCGACCCGCCCGCCGCGCUCGACGCCGCCGGCUUCAGCUUCGUGCGCCGCAUCAUACAGGAGCUCGAGGCGCGAGGGCUCGAGGAACAGGGCCUGUACCGCGUGGCGGGCGUGGCCAGCAAGACGGCGCGGCUGGUGGCGGCGGCGGCGGACGGCCGCGUGCCCGCCACGCUGUCGUCGCCGCACGAGUGGGAGUCGCGCACGCUCACGUCGGCGCUCAAGGCGUACCUGCGGGCGCUGCCCGACCGCCUGCUGUCGCAGCGGCUGCACAAGCCGCUCAUACAGGCCGCCAAGCUGGAGCGGCGCAGCGAGCGCGUGUCGGCGCUGCACGCGCUGGUGCGCGCGCUGCCGCCCGAGCACCUGGACAUGCUGCGGCUGGUGCUGGCGCACCUGCGGAACGUGGCGGCGCGCAGCGACCGCAACCUGAUGACGCACAGCAACCUGGCGGUGUGCUUCGGGCCCACGCUGCUGCACGCCGACACCGACUCCGUGGCCUCCAUCCUCGAGCUCAAGUUCUGCAACGUGCUCGUCGAGACGCUGCUGGACCACUACCAGGACAUCUUCGAGGCGCCGGCCCCGCCGCCCGUCGCGGCCCCGCCGCCGCAGCAGCCGCAGCAGUCGCAGCCACCGCAGCCGCCGCCGCACAAUGGCAUGAUCAGGACAUCCCCGACGGCGCUGCCGCUGCCCUCCCGCACGGACCUCACCAAUAUUGCGGUGGCGCGCUACCCCGCGGCGCACCAGCAGCUGCUGGCGGCGCUGCCGCCGGGCUCCAGCAGCAGCAGCGCCGACUCCGUGUCGUCGUGCGAGCUGCCGCCGCUGCUGCUGGCCCGGCCGGCGGGCCCGGGGCCGCGCGCGGCCCGCGUGCGCACGCUGUACGCCUGCCUGGGCGAGAGCGAGGGCGAGCUGUCGUUCGAGCCCAACCAGAUCCUGACCAACGUGACGCCGUCGCCGGAGCCCGGCUGGCUGCGGGGCACGCUCAACGGCCGCACCGGCCUCGUGCCCGAGAACUACGUGGAGCCGCUGCCCUGAGCCCGCGCCCCGCGCCCUUUGUUAUAUUAUUGUUUCUCCUACUUAUUUGUAUAUUUUGUACAUUGUAAAUAAGAGUCUGUUGAUAUUUUAACUAUUUAUGAUAUACUAUGUUGUGAAUUUUGUACCAAAUAUACUACGAUGUAUUAUUAUGCGAUAUCCCCCCGUGGAUUAGUUAUUAAAAGACUAAUGAUAAA